UAACUCAAACCACCUUUCCCCACUCUCUCUCUCCCAUUCCAUUUCCUUUUUCACGCAAACCAACGCUCUCAAACAUUGGCACACUUCACAAUGGCGACGACGUUCCGGUACUCAUUUCUGAUCGUCCUAUUCCUGUGGUCCUCACCACCAUCCUCCGCCUCUUUCAACAACGAGAUAGCAGAACACUUUAUCAGAAACCUCAACCUCUUCCCUCCUCACGACAUCAACAUCCUCGAUAAUCCUAAUCUAAGAUCCACCGAUAACAAGAUCGUCGAGAAGCCGCUCAGAUUCCCAAACUUCUCCGGCCAAGACGGAGAUGUUUCCAUCGACGACUUGGCUCAUCGCGCUGGAUAUUACCCCAUUCAACACUCUCAUGCUGCAAAGAUGUUCUACCUUUUCUUUGAAUCAAGGAACAACAAGAAGGAUCCUGUUGUCAUAUGGUUGACUGGAGGACCUGGUUGUAGCAGUGAAUUGGCUGUGUUUUAUGAAAAUGGCCCUUUCAAAAUUGCUGACAACAUGUCCCUCUCCUGGAAUGAGUAUGGUUGGGACAAGGUAUCUAACCUCCUUUAUGUUGACCAACCAACUGGAACUGGGUUUAGUUACUCCACCGAUAAGCGUGAUAUUCGUCACGAUGAAGACGGUGUCAGCAAUGAUCUAUAUGACUUUUUACAGGCAUUUUUUGCUGAACAUCCUGAGUACGCUACAAAUGACUUUUUUAUUACUGGUGAAUCAUAUGCUGGGCAUUAUAUUCCGGCUUUUGCUGCUCGUGUUCACAAGGGAAACAAAGCUAAAGAAGGAAUUCAUAUAAACUUGAAGGGAUUUGCCAUUGGUAAUGGGCUCACUGAUCCCGGAAUUCAGUAUAAAGCUUAUGCAGAUUAUGCACUUGACAUGGGCAUAAUUGAACAGCCUGACUAUGACCGCAUCAACAAAGUGUUGGUUCCAGCCUGCGAAUUGGCAAUCAAACUAUGCGGCACAGAUGGAAAAAUCGCAUGCACAGCUUCAUAUUUUGUUUGUAAUACUAUAUUCAAUUCCAUCAUGUCACAUGCUGGAAAUAUCAAUUACUACGACAUCAGAAAGAAGUGUGAGGGAAGUCUUUGCUAUGAUUUUUCAAACUUGGAAAAGUUCCUGAACCAAGGAUCUGUUCGGGAUGCACUAGGGGUUGGAGAUAUUGAAUUUGUGUCUUGUAGCUCUUCAGUUUAUCAGGCUAUGCUUGUGGAUUGGAUGCGAAAUCUUGAAGUUGGUAUUCCUGCCCUCCUUGAAGAUGGAAUCAAUUUGCUUGUUUAUGCAGGGGAGUAUGAUCUUAUCUGCAACUGGCUUGGUAAUUCAAGAUGGGUUCAUGCCAUGGAAUGGUCUGGCCAGAAAGAAUUUGUUGCCUCACCUGAAGUUCCUUUCAUAGUUGAUGAUUCAGAAGCCGGAGUGUUGAAGAACCAUGGAACUUUAAGUUUCCUAAAGGUUCAUGAUGCGGGUCACAUGGUUCCAAUGGACCAGCCCAAGGCUUCUUUAGAAAUGUUGAAGAAAUGGACUCAAGGAACCCUUUCCAAAUCUGGAGCUGAUGAGGAAAUAUUAGUUGCAGAAUUGUAAUCUCUUCAUGCAAUUAGUCUACAACAACUUGAUGCAAUGAAAAAAAAAAUGUUGAGUGGGAUGUUUUUGUUCUACUAAACAAAGUUCAUACUAUCUAAAAUGUCAGAAUCAAGGCAAUGCAAGAAAAGAUUGAUUAUAUUGUUUCGAGUAUGUAUAUUUAUAUGCUUGUUUUGGUAAAAUCUGAGAGGUGUAUGUUGCUUACUUCCCAAACUUCAACCUAAACUCAUUAUAAUGCUUCCUUUUUGUUAGAAAA